CGAAGCAAGUUUCAAUCCGACCACUAUCAAAAAAAAAGUUUCAAUCCGACCAUGAAUCCCGGUCAGGAGCCAACUCCUCUAUACCCUAUUUAUUUGCCCUACCCAAUCAACUGGCAUAUUACGUCUUCUACGAUCCUAAUCAAGCAGCAAUAGAUAGAUGGCAUCGCCGUCACUGUGGCCGGAAAAGCUCCUCGGUCCCAUCAUCGCCGGCCUCCGCGUGACGUGCCCAAGCGUUCCCUCGCCGCCGCCGCCGUGGUCCGAACUCCCACCCGAGCUCCUAGGCCUCAUCAUCGCCGGACUCCCGGACCCGGCCGACCGCGCCCGCUACAGCUGCGUGUGCCGUUCCUGGCGCUCGGCCCCCUACCCCGACACACGGCAGCUACCGUGGGUCGAUGCGGUGUGCCGUUCCUGGUACUCCGUUUCGUCUCCCGGAACGCUGCUACCUUCGAUCAGCGUCGACCGCUUACCAAUAUUGUCACCCCCGACCUCCCAACGCCAGCCACCACCAUGGCGCCAUAUCUGGCGCUCGCUCUUCUCCCCGCGGCGGCAACAUCCGUGGGUCGUGCUCCCGGGCGGCUUCUUCCUCGAAGACCUCCCUUCGGAGUUAUCCGACGUCUGGCCGGAACCUAUCGCCUCCUUCCCCGAGAACCUGCGGUGCGUCGGCUCCACCGGCAGCUGGCUCGCCCUCGACCGGACGGCCGGCGAGGGGAGGCAUGCCUACUUCUUGCACAAUCCUUUCUCUAGGGCAACCGUGCCGCUCCCGGAGCUGGACGCCGUUGUGGGAGAUGUCUCCGAGUUGUUCACGAUCCGCAAGGUGCUCAUGCGGUCGACCCCUGAUGACCUCAUCGUGGUUAUGACCAACAACAGGGAUCUCCCUAUAUUUUUGGUGCAGCGAGGGAAAGGUGUGUUGUUGCCACAGCCGGAAACAGCUCCCGUGGACUUGGGCACCAUCGUCGACAUUGCCUUUCUUGGAGAUAAACUCUAUGGACUCACCAUGGACAGCCUUGUCUCCCUCCCCAUCACCUUUGAUGAUGUCCACGACAUACCCAUGGCUACUAGUAUUGAGCAGGUCAUCUGGAGCGACAUUGAUUAUGCCGAUGUAGUAGGCAAUAAUGACGACGAGGACGAUAACGACACAGACGGUGAGGGUGACAAGAAAAACAUUGGCGAGGUUGAGAAUGGUAAUGAUGAGCUUCUUCUUAGCGAAGAGGACAAAGCCGAACAGCGUAAUCACAUCAAAUUGAUGUUAAAAGCUAGGGAUGGCAAGGUAGGCCCCGGCUUCCGGUGUGAAGCCGACUAUAUGAUCUUUCGGUACUUGGUCGAGUCAUAUGGGAAGCUUUUCAUGGUGAUUCGAGAAGCGGAUAGCGUGAGAUUCACUUACAAGGUGGAGCUUCUCGUGCUCGAUGUCAAUGCACCUGCAUGGCUUCCGGUCUCCGGCGGUGGGCUAGGUGGCCAUACGCUUUUUAUCAGCAAACCCUUCAGCAAGUCUGUUUUAGCUCGUGGGGAGGUAGAACCAGACGCUAUUUAUUUUGCUGAUUUUGGUGGUGAAGUCUUUUGCAUGAAAUCCUCACAGGCGAGACACAUUGGUCAUUUUCGGAGGGAGAGAUUUCUUGACUUCAAUACCACAACGUGGAUCUUUCCUCCACACUAAACCAGUUUAUGCAUUAAGGGCGAACCGAGUGUAGCUCAUAAGGUUAAGUUUCUUGUGGUGAACCAGCCCACCAAGGCACAAGUCCUAGACUUGGCACUGAUGCUCGCAUUUUUCUAGAUUUAUUUUAGACUUUUCGGUGAUAUUCGUUCAUUGAGAGAAGACAUUCCAUUCGACUAUGAAGUGUCUCUGGCGACUUUGUCAAUUUCAAGAUGUUUUGCCGGCUUAAUAUCUCGGAGGUGCUCAUAGGGUUAGGUGUGUGUGUGUGUUCAUAAGUGAGUGUAUGUGCAUGUAUGUGAGCAUUUGCGUGAUUUUUUUGUGUUAAACAAACUUUAUGUAUUAGGUAUCUUUUGCUUUAGAAAAACCAUAUUUGCCUCAUUAGGUACAUGCAGAGUUAUGAGUAGUGGAUGCUGAUUUAUUUUUAGGGUGUAAGUGUGUCACCGGAAUUCAACUGUGUGCCUUUUGUCUAUUACAAUUGUGUCAAAUAUAGUUUACUCUUUAUAUUAUGGCUCGAACG